GCGGCAGGUCCGGUAUCCGCCCCUGGACUCACCUCCACUCCCCGCAGGCGCCGCGCCGGCAGCAUGAGGACCGGGCGGCCGAGCCGGAGAAGCCGGAAGUGAGGCGCGCCCGGAAAUAAGGCGUCCGGAGGUGGCACGGCGCCCGGAAGUGAGGAAAGCCGGUAGUUGGCCGGCGCCCGGAAGUGAGGCAAAGCCCGGAAAUGGGGUAGGGCGUAGACUCCGGGUUCUCGCGAGAAUGGCGAGGUGGUGAGGGCGCCGAGCUGCGGGGGCUCGUAACCAGGGCGACGGGGGCGGGGCGCUAGCCCUACGCCGCAGGGUGCUCACCUGGAUUGCGCGUCCACUUGGUGAGUUCAGCGUCAGGUCCCAGAGGGUCCCCAGCAAAAACUCCUGUAUAUCCUGGCUCUUCCCUGACCACUUUGGAGCAGGUCCUCAGACCCAUGUGAGAAGCUGCCUCCCAGGCUAUAGUCCUCAGUUGAAGAUGGAAGAACCACAAGAGAUUUUCUCCAUAAAUGAUGGCCACGCAGGUGAUAUAGUCGUGGAAUACCUGGUGGAUUCCAAGAAGUCCGCAUCCCACGUUCAGCUCGCCUGCAGUGGGCAGUCCUGUGCUUUCGCCUUAGAUAGAAACGCACUUUGUGUAUGGGACGCCAAGGAACCUCCUCACCAGGUUUGGGACCAUCGUAUGGAAUCAUUAACAUACAGCUCAUCAGUGUUAACAGCCUCUCCCCCCCUGAGUCUCCUUGUGGACCAGCGAAGGCUGCAGCCGGUCACGGGCUGUGUGGAUGGCCAGAUCAUUUUAACGUCACCUCUCAGAUUGUCAGUAAUUCUGUCCCUAGAAGACAGUCAGCCUCCCUCCACAAAGGCACCGGACACAGGAGAAGAGAUUGAAGUGACACUUCCUGUCCUGAGCCUGGCGCCCUGUGACUGUGGUUUGUGCCCCUGCCUGGUCCGGAACAGCGCCUGGCCCGAACUUGAGCUGACUAGUGGGUCUGAGGCCUUGGGUCCCCACCGUCCCUCAGGGAGCAGUGAUCCCACUUCUGCUCAGACUCGCUUGGUCUCCCUGGGGCUGGUGUUGGAGGCUGAGGACCCGAUAACAGCCUGGGCAGUGGCUGAGGCUGCUGUUUGGCUUCAUGCCAAGGCGCAUGUUAUAAGUGAUCGGACUGGCCCCUGGGACACAGGCAGAGGGACCCUCAGGUCGCCAAGGUUGUGCAUCACCUGUUCCUCUCAUGUGGGUCCAGCGCAAUUCUCGGUGCCCUGGAGCUGGGAAGAUCAGGACACUUUUUUCUCUUUUUCUUUUAAAAUUAGUCUUUCUUCUGAGAAUGCCAGCUGCUUGCAGACUGGAAGCUCAGCGGGUUUAUUCAUAUUUAAGUUGGCAGACUUUGAACUGGAGGCCAUUUUACGUUGCAAGGAUUUCAGGAGCCUCCGCAUUCACGUUGCUGGCUCGUGUGCUGUGAUGAACAAAACCAGUGGUCGUGAGGCCUUCUGCUUGCUCACAUACAUGUUCGAAAAUCAGAUGGCCCUGGUGGAGGUCGACCCUGCCGCCCCGGUGAGGUCUCAGCAGCGCCCUGGUGUGGGAAGGGAUCUGUCAGUGCCACCCCGCUCCUGUGUCUUAUCGACUCCUCCGCUGUAUUUUGGACUUGUUAAGGAAAAAAGUACUAAGCCGGCUACUCACAAACAAUCUGGUCACGACAGAGCAGUGAGCACUGUCCGCUUCCUGGGACGGACGCUGAAGGUGUGGUCGGUCCGCAGGACAGAGCUGGCACUGCGUCUGGUAAUGGUGACCCCAGGGAGACUGUCGGGCAGUCCGCUGUCCGGGCAGAGCUUCUCCAGGGUCCCCAUGUCCUACCCUAACCAGGAGCCUGGGCAGCUGGGCAGCACAGUGACACUGAUCGAUGGUUCAGGACUUUCUUCUGUGUGUGCGGCAAAGACAUUUCCUAAGCCUGUACAGUCUGUGCAGUUUUAUUACAUAGACGCGUUUAUUUUGUCGUCCUCGGUUGAGUUUCAGCUGCUCGAGCAUCACAUCGACACCGGCAAAGGCGCCGCAUGAAGGUAUAAACAGAAGAGCAGGUGCACACCUAUUUUCAGGAUCCCCAUGACAGAUGCAGCAGAAAUUACUAGCUUAUCAGCAGUGAGUGAUUUUUAUUCCUUGCGCCCACUGGCUCCGGCCAGUUGCCUGGGAUCAGCUAGGGGAGGGGCUGUGGUCAGGCCUCUCCUGUUGGGCCUCAGAAUCGUACCUAAUCAUCCAUCUGUACGUCUCUGGUUGGAAGGAGUUCCCAACCGAGUCACAGGCCUCGUGGUUGCUGCUGGCUGGAGCAGGACCCUGGAGUUUCGACCUCAGUGCGGCUGCAGCACCGCCGUCACGGCGGGAGCCCAUUCUUGUCCCAUCCACCAAAUUUGUCAAAGGAAAGCGAGUGAGUUUUUGACAGUGCACAGCCUUUGUCAACUUUGUUUAAAGUGUUUAGCAGAUGCAAAGGUACGAUGCAAUCAGUUUGUUGCCAGGUUCAACGGUAGUUUUUACUGGGCGUUCAUGUACAAAACCAGCUCCAGCACUUUCUGCUGCAGACUGGCAGGACGCAUGGACACGGUCACGGCCGUGGCCUUCAGCCCAGCUGCUGCCCAGUGAAAGUGUUUGUCAUUCGGUGCCGAUGGACAUUUGCUCUAACUGAAAUAUAAAAAAAUAAUGAGGCAUCCAUGGACAGGAACAUUGAAGGAAGAAAGCAAUACGCGGCAAGGCAAACAAGCAGCCAGGAGGAGCAGAAGAAUUAGUAUUGGAUAAUUUCAUAAUUUUUAAAGACUGAAGCAACAGAAUGACUUGCUUUGUUAAUUUAACAAUAAUAUAUUACAAGAGAAAUGGCUUGCUUAAGGUUGUCUCAAAACUUACCAUUGGAAGCUUGAACAGCUGAUACUAGAGAAUCCACUUACGGUUCCAUUUCUGUUUAUCAGUUUACCUUAAAGAAAAGUUCCCUGAGUGAGACCUGGGGAUAAUAACAUUCUGCUGAGCUGCUGAUUCCAGGGUGAAGAACUCUAAAAACUACAAUAGUUAAACGUUAUUUAGGAACUUACUUCAGUUGCAUUUAAAGUUGCAAUAGCAUUUUGUUGUCUAAAGGCAAAAUAUUGAAUUACCAAAAAGUGUAGUUUGACAAAACAAUGAGCUAUUGCCAUUGGAAGGGCAAUUUUUAAAUGUAUAUUGUGUCAGUCCUGCUUCUCUAUGUAGAAGG